GGACUCCACAAGGUGUUCGUGUACGGGACACUGAAACGAGGCCAACCCAACCACCAUCUCUUGCAGGAGGCAGUAGGGCUAGCUAGACUCCUCGGCCGAGCACGACUCGUCGACCGCUACCCACUCAUCCUUACAAGAUACGGAAUUCCAAUGCUCCUAGCUAAGCAAGGCGCAGGAGAAGUAGUAGAAGGAGAGUUGUACGAAGUGGACGACGAUGCACUAGCGAAACUAGACGAACUCGAACACCACCCUACACUCUACACUCGAACGCCCACACACUGUCACCUCCUCACACCCUCCCAACAAUCACACCUCCCAAACUCCACCUCAUCUCCUACCCCCUCCUCUGACCCCACAGCCAGUGUGGACUGCGAGACAUACAUGGUAUAUGAUACCACAGACUCUGCGCUUCAGCAACCUCACUAUCGCUGCUACGACGUUGCAAAUCUUCCAGAAGGGCUAGAAAUGCCCCCCUCUGCUAAAGAUAGGAGCCCAGAACUACGGGCAGCCAUUUACGAGAGCUUGCUCGAAAUAAAGAGGAAAAUGUCAUAGACUCAUAUGAGAAUCACAUAGACUUUUGGC